GAUCAUAGGAUAUAUGAGUUACGGGUCUCGUUAAGUUGUUACGAGUAGAAUCGAUCAGGGAAUUAAAAAUGCUGUUCAAGCUGCUCCUGUUAUUCCUCGCCUUUGUUUCUGCCCAUGGGUUGGAAAACAGCAGCAUUCGACGAGUUCGUUCCCCAGAACCGAGCGGUUGGCAAGGCAGCAAUGGUUAUGGCGCCUCAUCAGUAGGAUUAGCACGAUCGGGAGGAGGUUGGGGCAACGGCGCUCUCGGCCGAUCCGGUGGGUGGGGUGGAUCGGGGAACAGUGGAACUAGAGGAUACAGCUCAAAUGGUAUUAAUGGAAAUUCUGGAUGUGCCAGUUCAAAUGGCUGGGGUGACUCAAGCGAUGGCUUUCGCUCUAACAGAGGAUCACAUACCUAUUAAAAAGUAAACACAAAAUCAAACAUGGCGCUCGUUUAAAUAGUAAGAUUAUUGGGAUAAUUUCUGUUGGUUAUGUAUAAAAU